AUCACGGGCGUGAAGGGGGGAAAAUAAGACUUGACGUGGAUUUGACGGUAGCGAUCAUAACGACCACGAGCCUCCUCCGGUAGAUCCGCGCGCCUCUGUGUGCGCAGUCGCGCUCUUCUGUAUGCGCAGUCGCGCGCUGAAACACUCCGCAUUGUGUGCAGUCGCCUUCAUUCAGUGAUCUGUUGGCAGCAGGUGUCAGUGAUCGGCUCACAAUGACAGAUGCUGUGAUGGCCACUAAAGGUGUCCACGUGUCGUCUGGACCGUGCGCCGGUGCUGAGCUCACCGAUGAGGAGAAGGAGAUCAUCAACAGCGUCAUCGCCCGGGCUGAAAAAAUGGAGACGAUGGAGCAGGAGAGGAUUGGGCGUCUGGUGAAUCGUCUGGAUAACAUGAAGAAAACGGUGUGUGGUGAUGGAGUGUCACGCUGUCUGUUGUGCGGAGAACAGCUGGGAACUCCGGGUGUGAGCUCUGUGGUGUGCGAGGACUGCAAGAAGAACAUGUGUACUAAGUGUGGAGUGCAGGCGAACUCUCGACCGCGCUCUGUCUGGCUCUGCAAGAUCUGCAGCGAACAGAGAGAGGUGUGGAAACGAUCUGGAGCCUGGUUCUUCAAAGGCCUCCCGAAACAGUUCUUACCAUCACCCAUUCCCAUCUCUAGAGGCAAAGACCCCAGUCCUCAGCGGACCCCUGCUGUACGGCCAGCUGUUGAGCAGUCUCAAGCACAGGUCGCAGGUCCAGUACAGGGUCACCCGCCUGCUGCAGAGUCACAGGCUACAAGUUCAGAGCCAACAAGAAAUCCACAGAUCUCUCCAAAACCGCCCGUGGCUCCGAAACCCGUGGGUCUUCAGUCUCGCUGUUCCUCAGAGUCGGACGGAGGUGUUCAGAACAGUCCUGUAGCGAUGAAGAAAAUGGUGAAUGUGAAUGCAGCCCGACCCAAUACAUCUGCCGCAGCCCAGCCGGCAGGUGCAGAGAGAGGAAACUAUCAAUCCACUGUUGUGCAGGAGAGAGCGCCCCCUGUUGAGCCGGAGGAGCGGAAGAGCACGGUUUAUAACCAACAUCAGAGCGCUCCACCGGUGGACGAUGAGGAGGAAACUAACAGCUACGAUUCUGAUGAAGCAACUACUCUGGGAGCUCUGGAGUUCACUUUACUGUAUGAUCAACAGAACAACAGUCUUCAGUGUAACAUCAUCAGAGCAAAGGGUUUAAAGCCAAUGGAUUCUAAUGGACUGGCAGACCCGUAUGUGAAGCUUCAUCUGUUACCCGGUGCCAGUAAGUCAAAUAAAUUGCGCACCAAGACGCUACGAAACACUCGCAACCCGACCUGGAAUGAGACGCUGGUGUAUCACGGGCUGACAGACGAAGACAUGCAGCGCAAGACCCUUAGAAUAUCUGUGUGUGACGAGGAUAAGUUUGGCCACAAUGAGUUUAUUGGAGAAACGCGGUUUGCUCUGAAGAAACUGAAGUUUAAUCAGAGGAAGAACUUCAGCGUGUGUCUGGAGAGAGUUGUUCAGACAAAGAGAACGUCCACGGCUGGAGGUGCACGAGGAAUGGCUCUCUAUGAGGACGAGACCGGGAAAGAGGGAGUUGAGUCGGAGGAGAGAGGUCGUAUUCUGAUAUCACUCAUGUACAACAGUCAACUGAGUCGGCUCAUCAUCGGCGUCGUACGCUGUGUUCAUCUCGCAGCCAUGGAUGCUAAUGGAUACUCGGAUCCUUUUGUUAAAAUAUAUCUGAAACCUGACAUGGGGAAGAAAGCAAAGAACAAGACACAGAUCAAGAAGAAAACCCUUAACCCUGAGUUUAAUGAGGAAUUCAGUUAUGAGAUUAAACACGCAGAACUGGCCAAAAAGACUCUGGAUAUCUCCGUAUGGGACUAUGACAUGGGCAAAUGCAAUGAUUAUAUAGGUGGAUGUCAGCUGGGUAUCACUGCCAAAGGCGAGCGUUUGAAACACUGGUAUGAAUGCCUGAAGAACAAAGACAAGAAGAUCGAGCGCUGGCACACUCUACUGAAUGAAAAUCAUGUCUCCAGCGAUUAAAGUCUGGACGCUCAUGCAUGCCUUAGAGCUCCGCUCACCUGCCGCAAAUCCUCCACGUACUGCUUAUCACCUGAAACUGAUGACAUCUGGAGCUCCGCCCACUGUGACUCGAAUUCAAAUAAGCAAAGGUCAGCGCUCGUGUGCAAAACAGACAACGCACAAUGAUAUUUACUUCUCUAAUCUGGCCACCGUAGAAUAGAAGCGCAUUUUCGUUUCGAAGUUCUAGUCGAAUAGAAACUGUGAAAACUGCAGAUCUUUAUCUUGUUGGCAUGCCUUAAUGUCAUGUUUCUUGAACACCUUUUCUUAGUUCAUGAAAAAAAUCUUAGAGGUGAUUCCUCUUAAUAGCAUUCGACCGUAUGAAGUGAAGCAGAUACGGAAUAUGUUUAAACCAGUUUACAGGUCAACAGUGAAUGUCACCUUGUACUGUUCUCGUAACCAAACCAAAACUCAAGCCUGAAUAAGACUAACAAACAAACAAACAAACGCUGUGCUCGAGAAAUGUUUACAUACAUAAUACCGAGAAGAAGAAACUCUGUACCGUUGUGAUAAAACAUAAAACAAGUGCUGAAGAAUGCUUAAGAAUCCUCUAGUUUAGAAAGUUUGGUCCUGUUAGAAAUGAUUUGAUUGUUAGGUAGAUCUUCUGAUGAAGACUGAUGUGUUUUUGUGACACAUCAUGUUUGUUUGCAUGUGUUGCUUGAUUCAUCUGCUUUUAAACUCUGUGCUUAUUUUUCUUCUCCUCACAUCAUGUACAGCACAGAAAUGUGUCUUAUCAAAGUCUAAUGAAAAAGAAAAAGACAAAGGCCUCGUCUGAGCUAAUCUGGAUACAUUUGAAAACAGUUUUUUUUGUUAAAGGCGCAGUUUGUAAAAUCAAUUAAAGGUCCAAUUCCCCACGAUCCCAUUUUUCAACCUUUAGUUAGUAUGCGAUGUUACUGUUAGAGCAUAAACAAUACGUACAAAAUGAUAAAGCUCAAAGUUCAAUGCCAAGCGAGAUAUUGUCCUCAUAUCCCGGGUACAUGGUGUCACUAUUCCGAGUGUUUUUAAUAACCUCCGCCCAAAGGAAUACGUCAGAAAAGGGGUGAGGCCUUGCCUAGAGAAGAGGAAGAGCCGCUGGAGUAGUGUUUGGUGCUCAGAGAUUGUAAACAUUUGACUGAGCUGCGCUCUUAAUUCCUUUCACUUUCAUCACAGUCCUACAGCUGGUCAUAAGAGUUCAGCUACACACAUUCUAAGAGAACCAACGGUCAAAUAACCAGCUUCAUGACUUUAACAUCGGCUGUGAAAGCUGUUCUGUGUAACACACUGAUAUUGUGUGUGUGUGCGCAUACCUCUAAAACACUUCUAUCAAACGUCCUUUGAAGUCCUGCUUGCAAAUGUCUCCUGGUCAGUCUGCUUUAUCCAAUUUAGGUCCAAUAUAAAAAGGCAAAACUAACGCUUCUGUUAUUAGUGUUAAUUAAUAUAACCGGUGUGACGCCAUUCGGUCCGGUGUCAUUUCCCUCGCCAUAGUAGGACAAAGAAUUUGCGAUCUCUAACAAAGAUAGACGUUUGCACAUGCACUAGCAGACCUCCGUUACACUUCGAUGGAUCCGCAUGUGUUUAACUGAUGAAGUGAAGUUGACUUCACUUGAAUCGAUUCCUUGAAUCGAUGCUCCCAGGACACGGUUGCCACCUGGUGGUUUAACUAAUUACUGCAAGAAACGUAAUGCGCUUGCGAGUACAUUGUACGCGAGGGAGCAAAAUUCUGGCAGUGCGCGUACAGUACGUGCUUACUAUUCUGAUGACAAAAUUUGCGUAGCGCACUGUACGCCAUCCUUUGCGUACGCGUAAAAAGGGAACUAUACCACACGAGGCACCUCAGCCAAUCAUAUAACAGCCUCCAGUCGCCUUUCCUGCAUUCCGCUGAAGAUUGCAGGCUUUCCAUCUAGUGUCUUUGGUAACGCGGAUAUGACGCCAUUAACAAGCGACUGCCAGACACGGCAUGUGUCACUGGUUAAAACGGCAAUUUUCUCAAGAUUUCCGAAUCGUUGGAAACAUUUGAGAUAUUGUAAGUUCUCAACUGAACAAAAUAUAUAACACUGGCCUAGUGGUUUUUAGAUAUUUUACUGCAAAAAAGUUACAAACUGCACCUUUAAAAACUCCUUUAAAAUUCUCGUCCACACUGAGGUGUUUUAAAAAAAAUUUAAACGUUGCUUAUACUCAUUGAAGACGCCAUUGAGUUUCCAUUGAAGUUGCUUAUACUCACAUAAGACGCUUCGAAAUGCAUCAUUUCUGUCGAGCAAUGUCGUUGAAAGACAGAUGAUGACAUGGAGUUGUUAUUGUGGAUAGCAUGAGACUGAAAAGUUGCUAAAGCGAGUGAAGUGUGGUAUGGGAAUUAUGUUUAAACAAAUGCGACGAAACUUGGACAGCAUGUAAAAUAUAAUAAACAAACAAAUAAAAAAGUAAGAAUUAAAACAAUUAAGAAAUGCUGUACAGCUUUAAGGAAAAAAUACAAUAAAAUAAAAGAAUAGUGCUUUAAAUAAAACAAUAAGUAGUUUUCAAAAGUCUCCGUCCUUUCAGAAUUGUUUCCCACACAGAGCAUUUUCAUAAAUCUUCAUAUUAAUUGACAGUGUGGACAGAAGGCCGAGCCACAGAGAAAAAGAAGUGUUGUCAAAUGAAGACGUAUUAGUGUAGACGAUGCCAAAAUAUAUCAUAUGUUUACAGUGGAGGUGGCUCACUAUUCGGGUACAUCUGUGACCAUCUUUGUUUACAUUGUUAAGGUGAUAAUAAAUAAGAGGUUAAAGGUGUUAAGAGGUGUCCGGUGUGAGGUCAACACCAAAGUAACUUAGCAUGAGGAAAAAAUGCAAACAUUUCACAAAAGAACAGAGAACAUAAGCACAUGACCAAUGGAAUGACCUCAAUGUUUCUAUCGCUCUUCACAGUUAUCAUUGCCGAUCCUUGUGCAUGUCUUUAUUCUGAAUAUAUUGAAUUUAUUUGUUAGUUAGUUCCUCAAGAGAAUGUCGCUGUGAUUAUUCCUCAUGCUUUAAUGCAUUAAUAUUACUUUGCUCAGCUUUACUCAUCUCACACACACACACAAAAACAGCACACCGGUGUAAUAUUUUUAAAGAUUUGUGGGGUUAGAUUGUGAAUGUAUAUUGGUAUAAAUAAGAUUGAUUUAUGACGUUCUUCUCUCAUUCUUCACAUGUAUUUGUAUAUAUAUAUAGUGCAUGUGUUUGGCACAGCAGGGAAAUGUUCAUGUUUGAACUUUGCAUGUAAAGAUUUUACCUGGAGUUCAAACCACAGGCCAAUAAAAGCCGAUAGAAACCG